AUGGCCUGCGCGCACACGCUGCCGCUUCGCGCUUUGCUUCGCGGCGUCCGCCUCCGCGCCUGCCGCCGUUUGCUGAGCAGCACGAGCGGCGCCGCGUCGGCGGCGCGCAGCAUCGUCCCCGAGGCGCCGUGGUACCUCCGACGUCCUGUUCGCGUGUUCCGCGUGGCGGUGCUUGGCUUCACGCUGUACCAGACCGGCAAGGCGGCCGGGCACACCGAGGCGCUGCAGGACCCGGACGGGAUGGUCAAGACGCUCGUCAAGGCGAUCCUCGAGUCGCAGCACGUCUCGAGCCGCGGCGCCAAGCCAGAGGCGCACGGCGCCGACUCGCCGCUGCAGGUGCACGUCAAGGCGGUCGGCGAGCGGGUGCUGGCGGCGACGCGCGCGUGGGUCGCGCACGAGACGGCGCGGCUCGAGGCGGAGCUCGAGGCGGCCAAGGCGCGCGGCGAGUACCUCGGAGACCUGCGCGACCACCUGCGCGACCUGCGCGCGGGCGCCGAGCGGAUCGCGGGCGAGUGGACGUGGCUGGUGACCAACUCGGAGGGGAUCAACGCGUUUGUGUCGCCGUACUGCCCGCGGCACGUCUUUGUGCACGAGGGGCUGCUGCACGCACUCACGCCGACCGAGGACGAGCUCGCCUUCUUGAUAGCGCACGAGCUCUCGCACGUCGUCUUUGCGCACGGCGAGCGGCAGCUCGAGCACGCCACCCUCAGAUGCGGAAGAGACACUCCGCAGCCAGCACCCCGUGAGGAGACACGCCGCGCAACGCCGCUCCACCCGCACACCGCCAUCGCCGCGACCGCGCAGCUGGUGGUGCUCUCGCUCAUCGACCCGACGGGCGUGCUCGAGUUCGUCCUCACCGCCACCUUCGGGCAGUGGCUCGAGGCCGCCUACGGCCAAGGAGCCGCCUACGUCAAGGAGUACUCGCGCGUCUCCGAGGCGCAGGCGGACGACUGCGGCAUCGGCAUCCUGCACGCGGGCUGCUUCGACAUCCGCGCCGCGAGCUCGAUGAUGGCCAAGGUUGGCGAGGCGAGCGGCCACACGCGCGCCUCGUGGACCGACACGCACCCGCCCCCCCUCGAGCGGGUGGAGCACCUCCAGCGCCGCGCCGUCGCACUCGCCGAGGAGGGGACGCACCAGGACUGCCGCUCGGUGGUGCAGCUGCUGAAGCGGCUCUACCGAGCAUCGACGAGGAGCAAGAGGGAGUUUGCGUAG